UUACAUUAUUCAUUUGACAGUUGUCGUCGGUCAUUCGUCGAGUUCGCAAGGCGCAUAGAAUCGAACUUUAUAAUUGGCGAAAUGUUAGCGGUAUGCGGUUACUUGUGUUGAUAUUGAUUAGUUUAAUUGUAUGUAAUAUAGUCUUGUGUUCCGAUAUGAUUGUGGGUGACACAGUACACAGGAAAAUGGUGUUCCACCAGAGGGUCAAAGAGUUUCCGAUACCGUUUAAAAAGCGAAUAAAAUCAUUGUCAUAUAGUGAUCCUGAGAAACGUAUUAUCAAGGGUGUUGCUGCAAUCGACAAUGAUUUCUCUCAUGCGAGCGCCAAUAUCACUGAAGGGGGAGUAGGCUACUCUCACGUCACAGUUAGAAUGAAGAGCCAGAGACAUCACCCGCUAAACUUCGAGGUCGAAAUAUACGUCUAAUCGAAGAGCUAUCGGUGAAAUAAUCUAUAAGCAAUCUUAGAACCCGUGGAUUCACGUAAAACAACUACAUCGCACUCCUUAACAACAUUUACGGCAAUAUUCAAUCAUUUAAUGGUCACUUAGUGCUUUAGAGUAGAUUUAAAAGGAAAAAUAUACAAUAAUGGACUGUUAAAAGACCGUUUACCGGCUGAAUGUCUCAGAAAAUUAAUAAAAUUAUUUGUCAAUGUGUCGUAAUAUGAGUAUGAGUGAUAAAAAAGAACCAAGUGUUUUCCAAAGCAAAUGUUGACACAUCUGUCUACUCCAACAAUGAUAUCGUUUGAAACAAUAACCGAAUUCAUAUCAAUUCUCGGUAAAUCUAUUUAAAUACGUUAUGCCGUUGAGUUUGUUUAUAUAAAAAUCAA